AUGGCACCAGUUCACGCCGUGGUAUUUGCUUCUAUCAAGCCUGGAAAGACUGAUGAGUUCGUAGCCCUUCUUGAUGGGAUAUCGGAAAUGGUACACGUCAUCGAGCCGGGUAUUUGCAAUUACUACAAUUUCAAAAUACCAGAUGUAGAUAUAUUCGUGAUUAUGGACAGUUAUGAGGAUGAGGCUGCACUCCUGUAUCAUGGCGAAACGCCUCACUACCUUCAGUAUCUUGAAAAAGUAAUGCAGCUGUUUGCAAAGCCUCUUUCCCUCAAGAUCAAUGUGAAGACCCCUAAGAGCCUGAUUCCUAAUUGA